AUGAAUGCAACAAUAUCUAAAAUCUUUGUAUACUGUUUUUUUGGUAUUAUUCUUAUCAUUACCAAGCAUUUUCUAUCAAUUUAUAUUUAGAAUGUGAACUGUCUAAGAUUUAUACAGUAGAUUCUACAAUCAAAACUUUCGACAUUUAUCAUUUCUUUGCUUGAAAUUAGAAAGUGGAAAGUGUUGAAGGGAGCAGCAGAAAAAAAUGUUAAGACCAUCUAUGUACCAUUAAAAACUUAAGAGUAAGGUAAAAAUGAGACCAGUAAUUUGAUGGGUUUAUAUUAAUUUGAUGAUAAAGAUGGAGAAGUGAAUGAGUUUUUAUAUGAACGGAAAACAGUAUUGCUAAUUCAUGGAUUAGCUGGAUCAGGCAAAAGUACUACAGCCAAAAAUAUUCAAGAGUUUAUUUGGAAAUAUAGCAAUAAAAAAAUUGGGAAUUAUGUACUAAUACCUGUUUAUAUUUCAUUACCGUCCUUAAAAACCUGUUUUUUAAGCAGUAGAGGAAUCACUUAAGUAAGAUGAUUAUGGGUUUGAUGAUCUUUAAUUGAAAGAAUGUAAAGAGAUGUUGUAAACGAAAGAAUUCCGAUUCAUGUUUAUAAUGGACAGUUAUGAUGAAAUGAAGCUAGAGAAUAUUUAGAAAAAUUUAUACAUUAAUAAUAAGCUCAAAUAAAAUUGGUCAGACCCUCUUGUUAUUUUUACCACUAAAAGUGACAUUUUUACUAGUAGUAAUUAUGCAUACUGGUUUGCGCCUGAGAUAAUUAAAGAUUUAAAGUAAUCUAGCUUCUUCAGUUUGAAUAGAGUUAAAAAUAAAAUAUCUUAAGAAAUUUACGAUUUAAAGUAUUAAAAUGUUAAUUUAUGA